CGACGUUUCUUUGUCCCCUUUACUUUCCUUUUCUCUCAUUUAUUUAAUCCAGUUACCUUAAUCUCUCUAUAUACAAAUCCGAAUAAUAUUUAACAUGGGUUUCUCUAUCUGGCCUGGCUUGUACGUUCCUGACUGGAACUAUUUCACCGGAGGUGCAACGCUUUACGGCGUUCUUAUGGGUGCUACCUCCUUGCUCACCGAAAAAUCGAGUCCCAUGGCCUACUCAAAGUUUGGAAGCAUCGCCGGCGUCAGUCAGCUUCCUAGCAAGCUUGGCAUGUUUGUGAUCUAUGUCCCAAGUGUCAUUGUAGCCAUUUUGAACCGGAACGCCAGCGACGAAGCCCGGUUCCAGAUCGUGAAUGCCGUUACCUUUGUGCACUUCAUGAAGCGCGUCCUGGAAGUCGCAUUUGUCCAUAUCUAUAGCGGCUCUACCGAUGUCAAGACGUCACUUACUAUCGCCGCAUCCUAUGCCACAUCUGCUGCACUCAACCUUGCUGUUGUCCGACGCUUACCCUCCAGUGCCUUCACCCGCAACUUUUAUGUCGCAGGUAUGGCCUGCUUCAUCAUUGGCGAAUUGCUGAACGGUUACCACCACAUUCUUCUCCGCCGCCUUCGCACCAAGACUUCCAAGGAAACAUCUAAAAUUAACGAAUCGCAGGAGAAGGGCGAAAAGAAGAAGCAGUACUUCCUUCCCCGCGGAGGAUUGUUCGAUUACUGUGUUACACCUCACUACGCAACCGAGCAGCUUAGCUUCCUUGGCAUCAUUCUUCUCAGUCAAAACACAGCUUCUUUAAUGGUCAACAGCUUCCCAUUUGUUUAUCUGACGAUCCGCUCCAACAGCACCUACGAAUGGUACAAGACUCGCUUGUCUGACGACGAGAAGGCCGAGCUGAAAAACCGCAAGAGAUUGUUACCUGGCAUCUGGUGAUUAAAUUAGAAUCUGAAUAAACUUCUGUGAUACCAUCA